GUGUCCUUACCAAUACACUAUAUAAUACGAGAAGUGAAGUGUGGGUCUUCGUCCCGCGCGAGGUGUCAUGCAUGUCAUGGUCUUAACUCAAGGCAUCCGAGGACCGAUGUCUGCAAAGCGUCUGGCCGCUGUCAAACGCUCCCGCUCCGGCUUUCAACCACGCUUCCACUACCGCCCCAUGCAGCAUCCUACCGUAAUGGCUUACUCGCUUCUACAUACGCAAGGUCGAGACUCUGGAAGGACCAUGAUGGCCUCAUGCAAUCCUACCAGCGCCUGAUGCGCCUUCCCGGGUCGCGUCGGCCUUCCGCUUCGCUUUGCUCAGGACCACCACCACCCCACUCCCUCAAAUAUGUCGACUACGGUGAUCACUAAACUGGCGCGUGCGAGCUCCCUUGCUGUGAGGCGUUCAGCAGCCCUGAAAGUGCGCGGGUAUGCUGCUUUAGCCAGCGAGCUCAGGAAGACCGGACUAUACGAUUUCCAUGUUGGGAAUGACGCUAAGAUGGUACCGUUCGCUGGGUAUUCUAUGCCUCUAUCGUACGGCUCUGUCGGUGCCGUCGCGAGCCAUAACCAUGUCCGCGAGAGCGUCGGCCUGUUCGAUGUCGGACACAUGAUGCAGAGCAAUUUCCGAGGCGCGACCGCAUCACAGUUCCUCGAAUGGCUUACCCCGUCGUCCCUAUCUAUCCUUGAGCCGUACUCCUCCACGCUUUCCGUGCUCCUGAACGAGAAGGGCGGCAUUAUUGAUGACACAGUCAUCACAAAGCAUGCACAAGACGCCUUUUAUGUCGUUACGAACGCGGGUCGUCGGGAUCGGGACCUGCCCUGGUUCCAGCAGAAGCUUGAGGAGUGGAACGCCAGCGAACGCGCCAAGGGCGGCAAAGUUGAGCUCGAACUACUCGACAGCUGGGGGCUGCUGGCAUUGCAGGGGCCCGAAGCGGCGAACUACCUUCAGAAGUUCACGCCUUAUGAUCUGAAGAAGCUCACAUUUGGCAAGUCUGCAUUUGUGCCCAUUGAGGGCUACAACCUGCACGUUGCUCGCGGUGGGUAUACCGGCGAGGAUGGCUUUGAGAUCUCUGUUCCUCCCAAUCAGACGGUCGAGGUUGCGAGGCUGCUCUCGCAGGACCCUGUGCGGCUGACCGGCCUUGGUGCCCGUGAUAGUCUGCGUCUUGAAGCGGGCAUGUGCUUGUACGGCCAGGACCUUGACGAGAGUACGACCCCCGUGGAGGCUGGAUUGACUUGGGUUAUCGGUAAAGACCGUAGAGAGAAGGCUGAUUUUAUUGGUGCUGCAGGCGUUCUUCAACACUUGAAAGAUGGCCCGCCACGCCGACGAAUCGGCCUCGUCAUCGAAGGUGCACCCGCCAGGCAGGGUGCAAAGAUUGUCGAGCCCACCAGCGGAGAACAGCUAGGCGUUGUGACCUCGGGUCAGCCCUCACCUACACUAGGAAAGAACAUCGCAAUGGGAUACAUCAAACAUGGGUGGCAUCAGAAAGGCAAGGAGGUCGUGGUCGAGGUGCGCAACAAGCCUCGACAGGCGUUGCUCGUGCCGCUGCCUUUCUACAAGCCACGCUUCUACAGGGGAUAGACAUAUUUCCUACUGCGUGUGACCUGUCUUAGCGUACCGGAUGGAUGCUCAACCAUCCAUAUCUUUGUAUAGUCUUGUAUCUCUAGACAUAUCCAAUAAUCAGGAGGGAG